AUGGCAAUCGACGUAGAAACAAUCAAGCUACUGCUAGUGGGCGACGAGAAAUGCGGCAAGACGACGUUUUUAUCGCGGCUCAGCGCGGGUGAGAAUGUGAAUCCGAUCCCGCUGCUGCGCGACAUUGAUCAGCCAUUCAUCUUCAAUGUGAAUUUGUCUCGGAAAAGCUAUCGGCUAGAAUUUCAAGACACGUCGAGUCCUGAAAAUUGGCGUGUGCUGGAUCCGGAUGUGGUUGUCAUUUGUUUUGAUAUUAGCCAGCGUCUGAGUCUGCUCAACAUGAAGCGUUAUUGGAUUGACGAAGUAAAGAGGGCCUUUCCUCGCAUCGACGGUCUGCCGAUUGUCAUCCUGGGCUUGAAGCGAGACCUGCGGUCGGAGACGGACCCUAACGGCAUCAUCUAUCCACAAGAAGCCUAUCAGAUGGCGCAGAGUCUAAGAGCUGAUCGCUAUGUGGAGUGUUCGGCUUUGACAGGCGAGCUCAUCAAACUCACGUUUGAGGAUAUUUGUGCAACGGCCGUAAAGACUACCACAGCAGCUGGCGGGCAGAGCGAAGCUGGCUGCAUCAUUAUGUAA